AUGACACGAAGUGACAGCGCUUUCAUCUUCUCUUUCCAGCACAUCAACAACGACCACAUCCACGGGGAGAAGAAGGAGUUUGUGUGUCGAUGGGAGGAAUGCUCUCGAGAGCAGAAGCCCUUCAAGGCCCAAUACAUGCUGGUGGUCCACAUGCGCAGGCACACCGGGGAAAAGCCGCACAAGUGCACGUUUGAAGGCUGCGCCAAGGCCUACUCCCGCCUGGAGAACCUCAAGACUCACUUGCGCUCGCACACCGGAGAGAAACCGUACGUGUGCGAGCACGAAGGCUGCAACAAGGCCUUCUCCAACGCGUCGGACCGGGCCAAGCAUCAGAAUCGAACGCACUCCAACGAGAAACCGUACGUGUGUAAAAUCCAGGGCUGCACCAAGCGCUACACGGACCCCAGCUCCCUGCGCAAGCACGUGAAGACGGUGCACGGGCCGGAGGCGCACGUCACCAAGAAGCAGCGCGGGGAUUACCCGCGCCCGCCGCCCCCGCGGGAGCACGGCGGCGGCGGCGGCGGAGGCCAGGGCCGGUCGCCGGGGCAACUGCCCCUGGGCGGGUACACGGACCAAAGGGAGUACAGCCACGCUACCUCAAAACAGGACGAAUGUCUACAGGUCAAGUCCAUCAAGACGGAGAAGCCUAUGACGUCUCAGCCAAGCCCUGGCGGUCAGUCUACAUGCAGCAGUGACCAGUCCCCCGUCAGCACCGCCUAUCCCUGCAGUGGAGUCCAGCUUGCUGUGAGCGCCGGACGCUCGCUAAGGGAGGGGCUGGAGGGGGGCGAGGAGAAAGAGGAAAACGAAGAGGAGGAGGACUGCGUGGGCGGGCGGGCCCCCAUCAUGGACUCCACGGUCUCCACGGCGACCGCGGCCAUGCUGACCCUGCAGGCGAGGCGGAGCGUGGGCCGCCCGCUGCGCUGGAUGGAGCACAUGAAGAUGGAGAGGCUGAAGCAGGUGAACGGAGCGCUGCCCAGACUGGGGCCCCUGUCCCCUACGCCACCCCCGAAAGGUUCCACACUACCCAACAUCCUGGGGAAGGGAUCCUGUCUGGGCAGGCAGUGGGGGGGGUCUGCUCCUCAGCCGCCCGCUCACGCUGAGCUGGGCAGCACGGAGCUGACGGUGCUCAACUUGCUCCGGGACCGGCGGGACAGCGGCGGCAGCGGCGCCAGCUCGGCCUACCUGAGCAGCAGCCGGCGCUCCUCCGGCAUCUCGCCCUGCUUCUCCAGCCGGCGCUCCAGCCAGGCCUCCCAGAGCGAGGGCCCCCACCGCCGCCUCCACAACCUCAGCUCCUCCGACUCCUACGACCCCAUCUCCACCGACGCCUCGCGCCGGUCCAGCGAGGCGAGCCAUUACGGCGGCACGGGAGGAGGAGGAGGAGGAGGGGGGGGUGGGGGAGUGGUCUCGGGCGGCAGCUGUGGAGGUGUGGGGGGAGGGGCCGGCGUGGCAGGGUCACGGGGGAUGCUCACCUUGACGCCGGCGCAGCACUACCACCUGAAGGCCAAGUACGCGGCCGCGACCGGCGGCCCGCCCCCCACGCCGCUUCCCAACAUGGAGCGCGCGAGCUCGAAGACUCGCAUGGCCAUGACGGACGAGGGGGGCGCCGGCAGCCACUCUUUGCCGCCUCUGGUCCGGCCGCAGUGCUGCGGUGACGGCGCCGCCGGGCACGCCAACGGGUACGCCAACGGGUACGCGGGUCACACGGGUUACAGGAGGAGGGUCCUCUAUCCGGGCGAGGGGCCGCUGAAUGGGAGCCGGAGGGCCAGCGACCCGGUGCGGACGCAGCCCGCCGACAUGAGCAGUCUGCCCCCGGUGCAGCGCUUCAGCAGCCUCAACAACCUCCACCCUCUGCCACCUCUGUCUCAUCACUCCACCCCCGAGACGCGCAGCUUCAGCUUGCAGAACUACACGCGCUCGGAGGGCAACCUGCAGAGAGGCCUGCAGCGCUCGCCGUACACGCCGAGCAUCGCGGAACACGCGGCCCUGGAGGCCCUGGCCAUGGAGGACGAGGCCGGCCUGUUGCUGGGCGACGAGGACAUGCUCCCGGACGACCUGGUGCAGUAUCUCCACUCGCAGGCGGACGGUGGCUCCUUCAUGCACAUCGAGGACCAAAUAGCUUCCGGCCAGCGGGACACCUCCCACCCAUCCGUGGAGGAGCUCGAACAGAUCCAGGCGUCGGGGUUGGACGGGAUGGGCCUCGUCGGGUCCCACGGUCUCCUCCAGCAGCAGCAGCAGGCGGCAGAGAGGACGAGCCCGAGCAAGCUUCCCAUCCAGUGGAAUGAAGUGAGCUCAGGGAGUGCCGACAGGUCCCCUCAGAGGGAACAAAUGCACCAGGCGCAGCGCGGCCGGUGGCCGGACGCCGAACGCGGGCCCGUACCGGCGCCUUUUGGUAGGUUCGCAAACAUGGUGGUUCAGCAGCAAGGGCCCCUUGAUUUCCAGAACAGUUGUGUCCAGGCCAACCAGUCCCAGAGCGCUUGUUGCGUCGACCCCGUAGUGAAGCUGGAGGCGCCGCCUAACUCCUGCAUGGAGAUGAGAGGUGACGCCUUCGCAUGGCCCAACUUCGCGCAGAUUAUCGACGGGCCCCCCGCCGGAGGACCUCCGAAACACUUCCAGCAGGACCACAACGGUGGCGCCUCCUGCCCGAUGGGGAGCAACCUCACCCUGAGCAGGUCCUCCAUGGACAUCCUCCUGCCCGGCGUCUCCCAGGGGGCCGCGGGUUCUCACCGCGACCGGCAGGUCCACCUGCCGCGCCCGCCCGACGGUUACAGGAACUCGGCGAGGAGCCAGCAGUAUCUCAACCCGGAGAACUCCGGCCCGAACAAGCAGCAGCAGCAGAGGGGCGGGGACCAGUGCUCGCUCGCACAUCAGGUGUCUGGGCUGAAACUGGAGGCCUCAGACCUCGGGUACCUGGAGCAGGGCUUUGGCGACUGCCUCCCUUACGCGCCGCUGGACCGCAAGGCCUCCUCCUUCCCCGUCCUGGGGGACCCGUGCUCGCUCGGAGGCGGAGGAGGAGGAGGAGGGGGAGGAGGAGGAGGAGGAGGGACGUCGGCCGCCGCCCUGCUGUCCCCCGGCGCGGACCAGGUGACCAGCACAAUGGAGGGCAGCGUGCCGGGGGCGUUGGACGACGGGGCGGGCCUGGACUUCGGCGCCAUGCUGGAGGACGGCUAUGACCAGGGCAGCCUGGUGUCGGGCGUGUUGAGCCCCUCCAUCUUCCAGGGCCUGUCCAGGACGUCGUCGCGCCUGACCACCCCCCGGGCGUCGGCCGCCUUCCACAGCGUGGCCCCCGGCCUGAACAACAUGGCGAUCGGGGACAUGAGCUCCCUCCUCACCACGCUGGCUGAGGAGAGCAAGUUCCUCGCUAUCAUUCAGUAGCUGCUCUCUCUCUCUCUCUCUCUGCUUUCUCCUCGCUUAGGAAAAAAUGGGAAAAAAAAAGGAAGAGAAAACUCUGGUGUAUGUGAAGAUUAAGACCAAAGUGGCAAUUAAGAGAACUUUAUCGUGUACUUAUGUUGAUGUGGAAAAGGCAGUUGCCAAACCCAUUUAUUUUGUAAAAAUGUCAUCCCACACAGACAUGGGAUGUGUCCAAAUGAUGUAUAGAUAAAUAGUUAUAUUCCUUUUCUGGAAUGUGGGCUAUUUUUGGAAGCUCUUCUGCGUGAAGGUGGGCCAAAAGUUCACUUCUUUGAAACAGUAUUCUGCGCAUUGUCACUGUUUUUGCUGUACACAGAGUCGGUAAAAAUGCAUGAAAUAAUAAUAUGAUGAUAACACGGAGCAGCCCGUGUGCCAAGUACCUCCCCUACUGACUCCACAGGUACAUUUCCACACCUGUAACAGCAGGUCAACAUGGAUUUAACAGGCCCCGAUGAUAACUUUACACGGUUUUUAACAAGUGGUGUAUUUACAUUUGUGUUGUCAUUUGGUUUGUAGGUUAUUUUUGUGAACCUGUAAAUGAGUGGUGUUUUAGUCAGUGACCGCAGUACGAUAUCGAACGGCACCACUGACAGUCGUCUCCUAGAUGUCUUGAUUUAGUUUUUUCCCAGGAAAGGUACUCACAAGUGUAUAUAACAGUGUUUUUAUAUUCUGUUUGUGAUAAUCUGAUUAUUGGCGUUGGUUUGCACGGUUACUCUGAGCCGAUGUGAAACUGGACGUUUGGUCCUCGACGAUCAGAGGUCCCCGUUUGGUGCUUAAUGUGUGCGUACACACAGAUAUGGGUGUGAGUACUUCACCUGUCCACAGCACAUGAAUCUCCCUCUCAUUAUGCUCAAUGCUGUAAAGUGACAUGUUUUGUUUCAUGGCAAAUCGUCGGUAUUGUUUUCUCCAAAGCUCUUAAAUUCAGAAUGUGUACGGCCCCGUCACGUGUUGCAGUGACUUUGUCAUCAGUGUUAGUGUCGCCUUCCGGUCCGAUGUGACCGAGCACACACUUUUCAGCAGUUUACCAUGAGGUACAAAUUGUUUUGUUGUUCUUUGGUCAUUUUUUUUGUAGCGGUGGAUUAUUGUGGGGUUUUUUUCUUCCGUUUUUCUUUUUCAAAGUAGAAAUCCCUUCCUUUGAGGGAGGGAAAUCACAUUGAGGUAUGUGCCUUAAACGUAUCUGCCUGUCGGUUAAGAGAAAGAUCACUGCCAAUCUUCCAUUGUGAAUUAUGAAAAAAGAACUGAACAAAAAAAGACAAAAUUACAGAACAUUUAUAUGAGAAAAGUCUGACUAUCAGAAAAGUUCAGAUUUGCAAAAUGCAUUCUGCUUUUCUUAGAUUUUUGUUUUUAUGUUUUCACAGUCGUUGUGCUCUUUUAUAUAUAAUGUGUAAAUACAGUACUCUUUCUGUAGGUUUAGCAGAGGAAACGGGGAGCAUCCUGGGGCCAAUAAAGAAAUGACUUUGAAAGCAGGGAUUCCCGGGCAGAGGCCCAGAGCGGAGCUUCCAGUGCGCAGCACUGCCCCUCCGCUCUUUUAUAACUGACUACAAAUGUUUGUAUGGUUUUUAUAAAAACGAGCAGGAAAAUAAAAAAUA